AUGGUUCAUCAGCACGGCGAUCAUCAUGACAUCCCCUCCGAGUAUCGUAUCCACAGGCCGGGGGCAUGGCUCCCCGCCGACCACCGCGUCCAUCGCCAAUACCUCUCCAACGUCACCCGCCACAUUGACUCGCACCCCAAGCAGCCGCUCACACCGGCCCUCGAGGAAUUCAGGCAGCUCAUCGAAGGCAACUCGCGCAUAUACAUGUACUUUGUGCAAAUGUUUGACGAAAUCCCCCGCAAGCAUCCCUACUGGCGGGACCCCACGGGCGGCAAGCAGAUUCGCGAUUACGAGCACAUGCUGCAGGUGCUAAACCACAUCGUGACGCGAGCGCCGGAGUGGACAGAGGCCGCGGAGAGCGUGGGCGUGGUAGGAGUGCCCAUGUGCUCGCUGCUAGACUACCAAAUGGGAACGCCUAGUGGGCACGCGGCGUUUCUAGAUCCAGACGUGAACAAGGCGUUGAAGAAGGUGCUGAACGAGUGGGGGAAGUACUUGCAGACGCCCGAGUCGGCAGAGGUCCUGGGGGACCAUAGCCUAGGCUGGUUCGGACAGACGGGCAUGAGUGAUCUUGUCCAGGUCGCCAACAUGCCGUACCAGUCGAGCAUGAAGUUUGAGGACAUGUUUGUCUGCGAUCCCUCCGCAAAACACAUGGGUUUCAAGUCCUGGGACGACUUCUUCACGCGGCGAGUGCACGACGCGGCGCGCCCCGUCGCCGAUCCCGACGACGACUCCGUCAUUGCCAACGCGUGCGAGUCCUCGGUGUUCAACGUGGCGCACGACGUCCGGCUCCGCGACAAGUUCUUCGCCAAGGGCCAGCCGUACUCGCUCGUCGACAUGUUUGCGCACGACACGCUCGCGCACGAGUUCGUCGGCGGCACCAUCUACCAGGCGUUCCUGUCGGCGCUCUCCUACCACCGCUGGCACUCGCCCGUCUCGGGCACGGUGCGGCGCGCCUUCGUCCAGGACGGCACGUACUUUAGCGAGCCGCUCUCGGAGGCCGAGGGCGACCCGCGAGUCGAGAUUGACACGCGCGGCAUCUCCGUGGCGCAGGGGUACCUGUCCGCGCUGGCGGCGAGGGCCAUGAUCGUGCUGGAGGCGGACAACCCCAAGAUUGGCCUGCUGGGCUUCAUCGGCAUCGGCAUGGACGAGGUUAGCACGUGCGACAUCACGGUCAAGGAGGGCCAGCGCUUGAAAAAGGGCGACCAGCUGGGCAUGUUUCACUUUGGGGGGUCGAGCCACUGCUUGGUAUUCCAAAGGGGCGUCAGGGUCGACGGGUUUCCGCCCGUGGGGAGGCAGGAGAAUGUCCCCGUGAGGGGGAAGCUGGCCGUUGUUCAUUAG